AUGUCUACCUGCAAACCAGAAAACGACUACGAUGGUCGCAUGGGCGUCCGCAUUUCGGCCAUCUUCGUCAUUGGUGUUUGUUCACUGUUUGCAACCUGGUUCCCCGUCUUCGCUGCUAGGCACAGAGGUGUCGGCGUUCCCGAUUGGGCCUUUUUCAUCGCCAAGUACUUUGGCUCAGGUGUCAUCAUAGCCACUGCCUUUAUUCAUUUACUCGCGCCUGCCAAUGAUGCCUUGACCGAUGAGUGCUUGACAGGCCCUAUCACAGAGUACGAUUGGGUCGAAGGCAUUGUUUUGAUGACCAUAUUUGUCCUGUUCUUCGUCGAGCUCAUGACCAUGCGUUAUGCCAAAUUCGGCCACAGUCACGAGCAUGAAGAUCUGGAGCCACAGGACGACUUGGGUAUCAAGCCCGAGCCCUUCACUGAUGGCAAGAAGCCCGAUAUCCACGAUGAGACCGACCCUGUCUACGAGAUGCACCCCGGACGUGUCAGCACGAGUACUGCUCACUGCCCCACCACUCCUCAUGCUCGUGGCGAUGACCACCUUGGCCAUGCUCGCUCUCACGUCGACAAUGAGAUUUCUGCCGGGUGGACCGAGGCGCAAAGGGAAGCGGCCGGCAUCGUCACUGAAUCUUAUGCCGCUCAGAUGACCGCCCUCUUCAUCCUCGAGUUCGGUGUCAUCUUCCACUCCAUUUUUAUCGGCUUGACCUUGGCUGUCUCUGGUUCCGAGUUCCCCACCCUCUAUGUCGUCCUCGUCUUCCAUCAGUCCUUUGAAGGUCUCGGUCUGGGUACUCGUCUCGCUGCUAUCCCUUGGCCCGAGUCGAAGCGCUGGUCUCCUUACCUUCUCGGUGCCGCCUACGCCAUCAGUACUCCCAUCGCCAUUGCCAUCGGUCUUGGUGUUCGUCAGUCCUUUGCCCCUGGCAGUCAGACAACUCUGAUUGCCAACGGCGUCUUUGACAGUAUCAGUGCAGGCAUUCUGAUCUAUACCGGCUUGGUUGAGCUCAUGGCACAUGAAUUCAUGUUCUCUACAUACAUGCAAAAAGCCAGCAUCAAGACUGUUCUGACUGCAUUCUUGUUCAUGUGCCUUGGUGCUGGUUUGAUGGCUCUUCUCGGCAAGUGGGCUUAA